AUCUCGCGCUUCUACCUCCCAGUUUCCGGUAAAGACUGCCAGCUGCAACUUUUGUUGUCGCACAGCUGCUGGUGGUCUCUCCUCACUCUCACACGACAAACUGGAUUCAUUAAAAGUGGAGUGGACAGCUGGGUGAUGUCAUAUCCGUGAAGAAGAGUCCCCAACGUAACGUAAACGCAGCACGGAAUUUCGCUGCAUGUAUGCCCACAAACUUUUUCCCCCUUGCAGUGAAGAGGUUUCUCCCCGCUGUCUGCCCACAUGGCGUGCGUAACGGCGGGGGCGAGUGGAUGGAUGCGCCCCUUUUCUACCCAGGAAAAUAUGGUUUUCAACAGCGCGUAGUGGAAGAGGUGGCUCGAGCCCACGGGAAGAAACUUGCGUGAUUUUUGUUUGCUUCUGCAGUCUAGGAGGAGGAGGGGGUGGAGGAGGAGGCAGACACUGAAGCAGCCGGCAGAAUGUGGUCGCUGUCCGUGGUCCUGAACCCGUUGCUGUUUCUGCUGCUGUUCGGAUACUGCCCUUCAGUGACCAUCCGGCCAAAGGAGGGGUGGCAGGUGUACAGCUCGGCUCAGGAUGCAGAUGGGCGUUGUAUCUGCACAGUGGUGGCACCCGAACAGAAUCUGUGCUCCAGAGACGCCAAAGGAAGACAGCUCCGCCAGCUCCUGGAGAAAGUGCAGAACAUGUCGCAGUCAAUCGAGGUGCUGAACCUGCGGACGCAGAGGGACUUUCAGUACAUCAUGAGGAUGGAGAGCCAGAUCAAAGGCCUGCGCUCCAAGUUCCGACAGAUCGAAUCGGACAGGAAGACGCUCGUCAACAAAAACUUUCAGGAGCUAAAGGGAAAGAUGGAGUCUCUGCAGCCGCUGAUCCCUGUCCUGGAGCAAUACAAGACAGACGCCAAGCUCAUCUCCCAGUUCAAAGAGGAGAUCAGGAACCUGUCUGCUGUGUUGAUGGGCAUCCAGGAGGAAAUGGGCGCCUAUGACUAUGAGGAGUUGCAGCAGAGGGUCCAAAACCUGGAAAACCGGCUCCGCAACUGUAUGAAUAAACUCACAUGUGGGAAGCUAAUGAAGAUCACCGGGCCGCUGACAGUCAAAACUUCAGGGACCAGAUUCGGAGCGUGGAUGACCGACCCACAGGCGUCGCCCAAAAACAACAGGGUCUGGUACAUGGAUAGCUACACCAACAACAAGAUCGUAAAGGAGUUCAAAUCCAUCGCUGAUUUUGUGGCGGGGGUCGAAUCGAGGACCUACAACCUGCCAUUCAAAUGGGCGGGAACCAACCACGUGGUGUACAACGGCUCUCUGUACUACAACAAGAUGCAGAGCAACAUCAUCGUGAGGUACAGCUUCGAGACUGGUCGUGUGGUCACCCAGAGGGCUCUGGAGUCUGCCGGUUUCCACAAUGUGUACCCGUACACCUGGGGGGGCUUCUCUGACAUCGACCUGAUGGCGGACGAGCUGGGCCUGUGGGCCAUUUACGCCACCAACCAGAAUGCCGGGAACAUCGUCAUCAGUCAGUUGAACCCGGACACGCUGCAGAUCCUCAGCACGUGGAACACAGAGUACUCAAAGAGGAAUGCUGGUGAGUCUUUCAUGAUCUGUGGGACGCUCUACAUCACCAACUCCCACCUGACUGGAGCUAAGGUGUACUACGCCUACUCCACUAAAACCUCCACGUACGAGUACACAGACAUCCCUUUCCACAACCAGUACUUCCACAUGUCUAUGCUGGACUACAACGCCAGGGACCGCGCCUUGUACGGGUGGAACAAUGGCCACCAGGUCCUGUUUAAUGUCACGCUUUUCCACAUCAUUAAAACUGAGGACGACUCUUAAGCAAGAGGACAAACUGCACAUGUAAAAGAAAAUAUAAAAACAUGGGGAAAAUAAUGGUUAUGCUUGAAUGUUCUUAGGCAUCAUUGUAUUUAUUUAUUUGUCUUUUUGUAUUACUUUUGGGCAUUUUGACAUAAAUUUAGUUAUCCACAUUGCACUUUUUGACCUCUUUCCGUAUAAAAAGUUUAUUACUCACAAUAUUCUCCAUAUGUAAACCUGACACUUUGAAUGACAGCACAAAACUGAAACAAAUUGGGUCCAUUAUGAAGCAUUCAGCAGUCGACACUUUUUCAACUAAAUAAUGGCACUUUUACUGAAACUUCUCAGAAGCGCAGAACUAUGAACUUCCACUAAUUUCUACAGCUCAUUUUUCUCUAUAAAAUAAAAGCUUUCCUAAAAAUGAA